GAAAACCUGAUGUAUGAGUAUAUUGAUCUCUAAAUGACCAUCCUAAAGUUUAGCAUGAUAAUAAAGUGUGUUUUCGAAAGAACAGAGUGCACAUAGACGGCACUGGGUGUUUAUGAAUUCUAUCUUUAUAUAAUUCAAUAGCCUAGAGCUGGACACAGAGAACAGAAAGGGUUGAUAUUACUCCAUAAAAGCAACUGUAAAAUAAGGCGAUUAUAAAGCUUCAAUUAGAACGCUCGAAAUUGAAAUCACAUAUGCGCACGAAUACAUUGUAACAAAUAGGUCACGCAAUAAAUAAAGUGAAGUUUAAAGCUUAUGUAAUUAGAUAGAACAUUCUAAAUCGAAAUGACACAUAAAACAAGUAUUUGCUUAGAUAAGCAAUUUCAAUUUUCGAUUUACGGUCAAAUAACAUAAUUUUUGUUCUGUUUGUUUGUGAUGUAACUAGAUAGGACAUUCGAGAUAGAAAUGACAUCAUAAAACAAAUAUUUGCUGAGAUAAGCAAUUUCACUUUCGAUCUUCGGUCAAAUAACAUAAUUUUUGUUCUGUUUGUUUGUGAUGUAACUAGAUAGGACAUUCGAGAUAGAAAUGACAUCAUAAAACAAAUAUUUGCUGAGAUAAGCAAUUUCACUUUCGAUCUACGGAAAAAAAACAUAAUUUUGCUUAGUCUUCUCCGCCGGCAUCUUAAAGAGCAGAAAAAAGAAAAAAAAAGGAUUUGGUUUCCUGUGGCAAAAAAAAAAAAAAACGGGAAAAGAGAAUACUGUAUCUCCCGCUCCAUUCCCUCAAACUUGUGCACACUAAAACGGUCAUCAAAAUAGAUUUUGAAUUCUGCUCAUCACCUGGAGACCAAAUAUCCGUGCAAUAAACUCCUCUCUGUUAUUAUUUAUGUCUUUUUUCGUUCGAGGAAAAAUUCCCACCAUGUCAGGGUAAAAUUGUGCCAUGAAGGAUCUAAAAAUUCAAAGGUUUUCCUUUAUGAUGGGUACGAUCAAACCUCCAGAGGAAGAAAAAGGCAUUAUGGAUCUUCCUUUUAAAGUCUACACAGAACUAGUGAAAAAUCUUGAAGUGGACGACGGCUGGAAACAACUCGCUGCAGAGGUGAUUUGCUCAGAAGAUUGCAAGCCUUAUUACACAGCAAAAAGAGUGCAAGAAAUCAGUAGCCAAGAAAGUUUUCAUCGUAACUCUGAAGUACUUUUACGAGACAUGGACAAGAUGGGAGUUACUAUCAAUGAAAUUAUUGAUGCUCUUAAAAAAUGUAGGAACAACAGAGCAGUUCGAAUUAUUGAGUCCGGUUUGAAAGCAUCUAUACAUGGCCGCCAAAGUGAACAGAUGAUGGAAGAGGAACAAGCCGAAACAUUAAAGAAAGCGAAGCAGCCGGUCGAGCAUGACGAAAGAAGUUGUGGAGUUAAAAGGAUGUGAAGCAGUGGAGGAUUUUGAAUAACAGGGACAUUGUUCCGGAAGUUCCGUUUCUGUGUAACGGAAGUUGUUAAAAUUAUUAGUUUAUGAUCACCAAUUAUGUAAUAUGUAAUUAGUAAUAGGAUCGGGUAUCAUUGUACCAGGCACGGGGUGAACUCGUGAGGGAUUGUAAGACAGAUUGUAGAGAGAUUGAGAGCUGAUUCGAAUAAAGGGAGAAGAAAGUCGGAGAUCGUGAAAA